CACCCCCAAUUGCUAUCACCAUCGCAUCCAAUCCAUCUCUACAACAUCGUUGUAUACGUCAAGUUCACCUGAACAAUCUAUACCGUUUGUUUCAGAUAGCAUCGACGUCAGCUUUCUUUUUUUGCUUCUCCAGUUUUGUCUGGAAUAUUCAAUUUGUCUCUGUUGAAUUUCAAUAACCUGCGAGGAUCAAAUUGACUUUUAUUGUCUACACAACCUGCAAUUUUAUUAAUCUUACCUACUACUUGCCUAUAAGAUGUCUGAGGACUCGUUCAAUUACCCCACGUCCAUUCUCACGUCCAAGACUCCAGAACAAGCGGCCAAGAUUCUACCCAAUGGUUUGAACUCCGCCUACAAGCUCUUGGACACCGACCUUUCCCGGUGGUUCAAGGAGUACGCGUCAGUAUUACAGACUUAUAACAGUGGCUUGAGGAGUUUGCUUGCUACCGGAAAUGAGAUGUUUAAAGAAUCCAAUAAUGAUGGAGAGUUCUCAAAUUUUCCUCGUCAUUGGAACUGUUUUCUCGCUUCUUUGCAAAUCGAAUUGAAUAACAAUGACGAGCUUCUGAACAGCAUCAAUAACGAGAUCAUCCGUCCACUCCGUGAUGUUGUGGACAAAGAUGUGCGUCUUUCAGAGUUGCUUAUCAACUCUCAGGAAUUGCAGGAAAUCAGUGACGGUUUGAAAAGCACCAAGAGCAACGCAGAAAUGCAGUGGAACUACAAGGCCCCACAGAUCUUCCAGAAUUGGGAAGAUUUCAAGAAGUACGAAACUCAGUUGCUUUUUGAUAUUGUGCUCAACUACUUCCAGAGUCAAAAUUCCAAAUUAACCAAAGAGUUGACCAACAACGAGAAUCUGACCAACUACCUUUUGAAGAACUUCAAGUUGGACAACGAGAUGCAGUUCCAUUUGGAAUGGUUGCUUCACCACAAGUUCGAACCUGCCAAAGACGGAUUCGUUCAACAGCAGCAAAAGCAACAACAGCACCAAUUGAACAAACAGCUGCAUCCUCAACAACGUGAAUCUUCACAAUCACAUCAUCCAAGCAAGAGGUUCAGCAAGCUGAACAAAUUGAAGUCUAGGGUUGGUUCAAUCUUUGGCCGUAGCAAGAACAAGAGAGGUAAAGCUGGUAAGAGUGACACUAUUCCUGAGACUGAGUCGAUCACUUCUGAAACGAACUUGCCCAGAGGCGACUUGACACAAAUGCAUACCAGAGCUUCGUCUAUUACUUCCAGAGGUAAUUCAUACAGACGUCCAUCAGGAGCACGUACUCAAUCCUCUGGACUUGUAUCGCAACCAGCUAGUGCUGCUCCAGAAAAGGAGACUCCACAUCUUCCUUCCAGUUCAGUUGCUGCUGAAGUUGGAUCUCUGACCGUAGCUCUGGAGCCUUCUAUCCAAGAGGAACCUCCAGUUGCAGAGUCUCCAAACGUUGUCAAGUACAAGGACACGGAUUCUUCUUCUGACGAAGAGGGACCGGAGGACAUUCAAAACAAUGGUAGAUCGAUGUUGCAGAAGCAUGAUCUCGAGCCAGAAGACGAAGCUCAAGGAACUUCUCCUAGAGACUCGUAUCCAUCUUUGGCCCCUCCACCACAAUUGCCAGAUCCUAGAUCUCGUCAAAGCAGCUCAGGCAAGUACAGCUUUGAAGCUGGCGAUGACCAGAAACCAAUUGCGGCUACUCCAAGAUCGCAAUCUGAGAACGUUUUUGAAUCACCUCCAGAACUGGAGUUGCCAGAGCCAAAUCUCCACCUCCACCUCCCUCCAGAAAGGUUAUUCACCAUCAAACAGCUGAUGAAAAGCGAAGUUACUUCGCAAAUGUUCCACAACUUACCUAGUGCUCGUGAAUCUUUGGUACAACCACAUGCUACUGGUGGCUCUUUUGCUCCUUUGGUAAGUCAAGACACGGGGAUGUCGUCGUUGUCCAAGAGUGACUACUUCAAACAUUUUGACACUGGUUCUGAACCGGUGACCAAGGGUUUGAACGCUUCGAUUGCCGAUGUUGUCAACGCUAAUUUCAAGGAUGGACAAUUGGUAAAGUCACAAUUGAUAGGUGAAGUAGCUUUUACUUACAUUCCAGAGGAUGCUACGGCAAGUUUGCCUGUGGAACCAAUCUUGGUGAGGAUCCCUAAUAGUUUCGAUAAGGUGAUAUUGAACAACUCAUUUGUAGACAAAUUGGAAGACGAAGUGUUCAAGAUUUCACCAGCAUUGGUUUCGUCUAAGACUUUGGGAGGUAUCAAAUAUUUGCUCAAAUUGAACGAAACUCAAGUUCCAAUCAUAGUGCAGCAAGUGUGGAGGUAUGAAGAUCAUCAAGCCAGUUUGGUGGUCAAGUUGAGAGUAAACCCCGCUAUUAGAGAAGAGGUCGUAGUAGAGAACUUGUUUGUAUCUGUUGCCUUGAAGAGCAACGUCCAAGCUACAUCGGCUUCUUCCAAGCCACAGGGUGCAUUCAACAAAGAGAAGAAUAGAAUCACUUGGAGAUACACCCAGCCGUUGAAGUUGGGAGGAGAUGUUGUUGAAGAGAAGUUGAUUGCAAGAUUCAUGACCAAUGGUAAGGGUGUUGAAGAUGAAGCUGGAGUUCAGCUCAAAUUCCUUAUUCAUGAUCAUCCCAUCAAAUUUGCAACCAUUUACAGCUACGAAGACAAAACCAAGGAGAUUGCUCUGGUGAGAAACAUCACCAGUGGUAACUACAGUGGCCAUGCCUAGCCUCUGUUUUUGAAAAGUUAUUAAGCCAAGAAAAUAUAUUGAUAUUCAUUGUUUUUAUUUAUGCGUAUACAUUUCGAACUUUGCGUUAUUACACUUUACAUAAAAAGAUUCCGACUCAA